AUGGAGAGCCCCGUGUUCGCUGACGGGACCUGCCCGAUGGACUCGGCCAUCGGGCUGUCGCUGCUGAUGGCCGAGCUGGCGGCGCCGCCGUGGACCGGUAUCUAUAUCGACUUCUCGGCCAGGCCCGCGGUGCAUCAGCUCGACGUCGACCAGAGCCUGAACGACAAGGUCGCCCGCAUGUAUGCAUCGCCGAUGGGCUACGACACCAACUUUGUCGCCGUGUUCGAGGACCUGAUCCUGCCGAUGGCCCGCACGAACAAGCUGCAGCAGAAGGACAUGGUCCGGCGCGUCUUUGUCUUUAGCGACAUGCAGUUCAACGAGGCCCACAAGGCCGACGAGCGCUGGGACUCGGCGUACGAGCGGAUCGAGCGGCAGUGCCGCGAGGCUAGCUACGACAUGCCCGAGAUAGUGUUCUGGAACCUCGCAGCCGGCCGUAGCGACGACGCGACGGCGCCAAAACCCGUCAAGGCCGACCAGCCCGGCACGGCGCUCGUGAGCGGCUACUCGCAGGCUAUGCUCAAGGUGUUCCUAGACGGCGGCUCGUAUGAGACAGCCGAGGACGAUGAGGACAAGGGCCUGGUCCAAGUCCAGGCCGACGGAGACGGGGCGGUAGAGGUAGAGAGGCACAAAGAGCAGAUGACCCCGGCGAAGCUAGCGAACAAGGCCAUCUCGCACAAGGCAUACGCGAUGUUGAAGGUGAUGGACUAG